CAGUGUCGGCGUGACGCGGCUGCCUGGCAGGUGAGUUCACAGGUGCGAGAUGGCAGUCACUACCUGGCUUCGGUGAUAUUCACACGUCUGUGGGACCCCUGGCACGCCCACCCUUAUUGUCGCGUGUGUGUGACAGUGCCGGCCGGGGUAACUCGUAGAUCGGUAUAUGUAGGUGUAUGAAAGUGUUUCGUUAUGUCGUCACUCUCAUCCGGACUGUGUGCUGGAUUACAUGUACUGUAACACUUGCUGUAUGAUGUGACGAGCGACGGACAAGUAUCGCGCUUUGCAUCGUGUGUUUUAGUCCUGCAUCGUCGACCCAGCCUGACCUAUGAUGAUGAAUGCAGGCGAGUGUGCGGUGGGCGGCUUCGGGCUCCCGUCCGUCGGCGUGGCCGCGUCCUCCCCCAGCCACGCCCAUCUGGACUACAAUGACAACAUCACGCCCACGCCCAUGACCGGCCACCUCCCCGAGGGCGGCCUGCAGCACUACACCCACCACGGAGGCCUGACGGCGGGCUCGUACCCCGGGGGCGGCGCCCUCUUCCAGCACUACCACGGCGGGGGCGGUCCGCUGCGGGCGGGCCAGGGCGGCCAUGGCGCGGGCGGCAUGAUGUACAGCGGCGUCCACCCGCCCUCCCUCAUGGCCGCCCACCACCCGCACCACGGCCACCACCACCCGCGCGGGCCCGAGCCGUACCCCGGGGGCGGCGGGCCCCGCUGGGAGGCGGGCGGCGGCGUGGGCGGGCCCCGGGGCGGCGGCGACAAGGCGCGGCGCGAGCACCGCAUCCGGCGCCCGAUGAACGCCUUCAUGGUGUGGGCGAAGGUGGAGCGCAAGAAGCUGGCCGACGAGAACCCCGACCUGCACAACGCCGACCUCUCCAAGAUGCUCGGCAAGAAGUGGCGCUCCCUCACGCCCACGGAGCGCCGCCCGUACGUGGAGGAGGCCGAGCGCCUGCGCCUCAAGCACAUGGCCGACCACCCUGACUACAAGUACCGCCCGCGGCGCCGCAAGCAGCAGCAGCCCAAGAAGCCCGGCGGCUCCUCGACGCCCGGCGCCGCAGCUGCCUCCACGCCGUCGUCCACCUCGUCCACGCCCACCAUCACCUCCUCGCCCGCGGUGGAGGCGCAGCUCAGGAAAGUCGCGAGUCCGUCCGUCCCGGGCGGCUUCCUGCAGGCCACGCUCACGGCGCCGCUCAGCAACAGCAACAACGCGAGCAGCAACACGAGCAUCCCAUCGCUGCCGCCCACGACCUUCACGCCGCCCACCACCUUCACGCCGCCCGUGCUUCCGGCGCUCCACACGCCCGACACCUCGCCCACGUGCUCCCCCGAGCCCGCCUGGCCCCCCCGCAGCCCCCCCAGGCCGCGCCCCUCGGCUGCACUCGCCGCCCUCCCGACGCCUCCCGAGGCCUCGCCCCACGACCACGACCACCUCCAUGCCUCCGCCGCCCUCCACCACCACCACCACCAGCAGCUCCACCACCAGGAGCACCCGCAGCAGCAGCAGCAGCAGCUGGAGAGUCCCCACCAGGCAUCCCGCUUGCUGCACUACUUCUCGCAGUCACAACAGAACUACUCGGGCUACAUGUACCCAGGGGCGGCCCCGGGCUACCCGCCGCACAACUACGACUAUCACGACUACAUGAACGGCGCCGAGGGCUACUACCCGGCCCACUACGACCCUCAAGGCUACACGCACGACCACCACCACCCUGCUUUCUCCCACCCGGCCUUCAGCAGUCCGAGGAGUGACGUCAGCGGGGAAGGCGGUGCACCGGGAGGACCCGCGUCAGGAGCAGGAGCGGCAGCAGGAGCAGCAGGAGCUGGAUCUGCUGGGCCAGUGGUUGUAGGAGGAGGAGGAGGAGGAGGGCCAGCAGGAGGAGGCGCCGCCGGAGUCAUAGCUAGUAACAGCAGCAGCAGUAACAGCAACAGCGCCGGCAGCAGCGCCGGGGAGGGGGUCGCCGUGCCCCCACAUGGCGAGGCCGAGGUGUUCGACGACGUUGAUCGCUCGGAGUUCGACCGGUACCUGAAGGGCCCGGAGAGGGUGUCCGCCGUGGCCACCACCUUCACCUACACACCACCUGCAAACACAAGGUACCUGCAGGUAGGCGGAGGCCAGUACCAGGACUCCCAGUUCACGGCGCUCAUCAAGGAGGAACCCGAAGACUACAGCAAUGGAGCAGGGGCAGGGGGAGGAGGAAGCGGAGGAGGCGGAGGAGGAGGAGGAGGAGUUCCUAGCGCGGCUGGAGGUCCUUCGACAGGCAUCACCUCGGAGGCAACCAAAUCUACGGAGGCCGCCUGCCACUCUCCGGACGCCGCCAAACCGGACACCAACACCUCCAGCCUCCUGUCCGCCCUGGCCGACGUCCGGGAACUCUACUACGAGCACUCCUAAGGCAGGAGGCCGUUCGAUUCUUGCGUGUUAUUACCAUUCAAUAUAUACCGUUAGCAACAUUCUAGUUCGCUAUAUCCAUCAGGACACAAUUGCCUUCGGAAGCACUUUCAAGCCUUGACGACGAGAGAAGCAGCACUCCGAAUCGAGAGCGGAGGGAAGCACAUCCUUCAAUCCAAGGCAGCGAUUCCCGAGUCCUCGAGGUGGAGCUGCGCUGCCUUCCCUCGAGGGCGGACGAGUAGCUCGCACUGCCACGCGUGGCUUCUGACGGAUUUACAAAGCAUGUACAUAUCAGCAUCUUAGAGAGUAUUAGGACCUCCUCACGAGGCGUCGUUCAGGACCAAGAGCAGACGGUGAAAAAGCCCAGCGCAGAGGGGAAGGAUUUCUGACGCAGGAUCAGCAUCAGUGAGCUUGUGAAAUCUGAUUUUGGACUCGAGAGACGAGGUCGAGACGGCGAGAUUUUGAGUGGAACGAGCUCGAGGGAGAGUGAUAUUCACCGUUGCUUGAGCAAACAUACCAAAAACCUCUAUUUUUUGUUAUUUGCGUGUCUUGUUGUUGAAUGAUUAAAAGGAAACUUAUCCUGAGUGUAGUAUAAUUUUAAGCAGACAUUUGAUGAUGGUGUGGAAAAAAGUGUUGUUGAUAGUAGAUAAUCAAUGAAUAAUGAAGUACAAAGCAGGUGCCUUCAUGUAGUACUAAUUCUCGAGGUGUUACAUAUCACCGUCCCCGAGGCGGCCUUUCGGUCCUCGAGGACGACCCUGGCCUCGGAAAAGGUUUGAAGGUGGAACACGAGAAGACUUUCGAGGCCCUUCUCGUCGCGCCGAAGUGACGUCACGGCCUCCGGGUGUCACGUGCCUUCCAUGCCAUGACGUCACUGCACCGGUCGCAAAACUGAUGACGUCAUCAACCUGAUGUGUCACGAGAUGGGCUUUUGUGAACGUUUCUGAACAGAGAUUGUUAAUUACAAGAAAUGUGUGUUACUUCUUUUUGUAAAUUUAAUUGAUGCGGAAUUUACUUGAAAUUUGAGUGCGAGUGGAGAGCAAAUUCGUUUUUUAAAGCUGAUCAACGUCUCUCAACUGGUGGCAGCUUCUGCGUGUCAUUCAUUUGUUGCGAGUCCUCCAGUCAUCUCAGAACAAACGAGUGGAUGAAAUUCGAGAAUGAAACUGAGCGAAAAUUGACUAACGUUUAGAUUUCUUCAAAGGAUAAAAUAGUGACUGUUCAUCGGAAUCCAAAAUGGCGUCCGUGACGUCACCGACUGACGUAGUGAUUGAUGUGCCUUUAGAUGAUUCGUUCAUAUAUUAGUGUUUGUGUACAUUCUGUUGCCCGCCUUGGGUUUGUACAGAGAAAUUUAUUAAUAUAUUCUUAUAGACCAAUACACUGUGAACUAGUUACGAUUUAGACGAGGAAUAAUUUUUAUAAAUACUAUAAUUAUUAUUAUUUUUUUUCUGCAAACUAUUUUCUAGUUUUUCUUAGAUAGUCCGUCCUGGUGGCGCACCUGGGGAGGACGGGGAAGGGCCCCGGGCGACGCGGGCGGGAGGCUGCGCCCGCGGGGGCAUGGGCGCCUGCACAGGGCCUCUCUCUCUCACACACACACGCACACAUUUAUGCACACAAUCAUACACCUAUAUAGAUAUCCAUACAUACGGAAAUACACUCAUAAACACACACCUGUGCACACAACCAUACACAUAUAUACAACCAUGCAUACAGAACACACAUGCACACAGAUGUACAGCACACAUACCCAAUACACGCGUAUGCAUGAACAUGCUUCCCACCGCAGCGCAUCCGACUUUGACCCUUGGCGUUGGGCUCUCCAAGGGCGCCGCGCGUCCGGGAAGGGAGCGUGGCACAGUAAGCAUGGGGGGGGGGGGGUGACGUGGGCCGGGGGCGCGGCCAGCCCAGCGGAAGGAGGCGUCGCUGGGUCGGCGAUUCGCGAAUGAUUGCUGCGUGUGUGGGCGUGUUUCCAGUUGAUUAUUUUCUUGUUUCUAUCAAUUUCUCUUACUUCUAUUUUUUUUUAGUUAGUUUUCAGAGCCGAUUUUCUUUAUUUUUUUCACUCUGAAUAUGAUCUUUUUUUCCAAUUCUGUCUGCGUGUCUUCUUAGCAUUAAGAUCAAUCUGGCGUUUCACUUGUACGCAUUUUCUGAGUUCUUAAAAAGCCAUUUAAGAAUCUUUCGAUAUCCCAAAAUUCUUUUCCCUCCUGUGGAACGGAGCUUCCCUGAACUCCACUCGUGACGUGUUAUUAUCUCCCGUGGAGAUUCUCGCUAAAUCCCUUCGCUGACUUCACGAGCCACGAGACCUCAUGAUAUCACGAUGUCAUGAAUCCGAAUCUGACGUCAAGUUGAUGCCGAAGAUGUCACAUGUAUACGAAGGUCCCGUUGUUAGUCCCAAGUGUAGUGCAUUCGGUCUCGGGAAAGGGAAAACUGGCAACUCAGUCGGACUCUCGAGCGUUCCGAUUCUCCGUCUCAUUUUUAAUUCUAAUCAGCUGAUACUUAAUCCUUGUGUUUGCGUUUUUUUAUAAACUUAUAUAAUGCAUUUUUAUUUUUUAUUCUACUUUAUCAUUUUUCAAUGAAAAUUUGUUGCCCUCAUUGCCAUGUUUGUAUUAUUAUUCUCUCUCUCUCAAAAAAAUGUGAAUCAGAGUGCGCCAAAGUCUGGUGUGAGUUGCCAAUUAUUCAUUUCUUCAGACUGGACGGAGCGUAGUCUAUGUGUUCCUAAAGAGAUCUGAACCGCCCGUCUGGCUCACGGGCGGUAAUCAACUAUGGGCUGAUCUUGAGUGCGUGUGUGGGUGGGUGUGCGCUUGAAGAGAUAUACGUACGUGUGUGUGUGCGUGUGCGUUUCCCGUCGGAGGUCACACGGAAAGGGAGCGCCACUUCCUUCGCCUUGAAGUCUAGCUGUUGUGCCUUUUGGCUCUGUGCCUCAAGAAUUUCCGCGAGAGAAAUGUAAUAUGAAAUGUUUUUGUCAAGGUGCCUUAAGUAGAAUCGCGAUAUGCAUUGAUUUGAGAGAUUUACCUCAAGGGAAAGUAACCCUUUGUUAUGAAUUUUAAUAUAUAUAUACGCACUCUAUGUAUGGACAUAAACAAAUACACACAAAAACACACACACACACACACAGACGCACACACAAAGACACACACACACACACACACACACACACACACA